UUCUUCUGCAACAGUUGUAAUUUAAACGCUCAUCAGCGAACAACAAUAAUAAGGGAAAUGUCGUUAAUAAAAUCGAUUGUCUGGCUGAGCUUUAUGCUAAGUUUUCUAGAAAGCACUGCUAGUCAAAACGCCAACAGUAAAAGGCUUGUUUGCUAUUUUAAUGCUGACAGUUUAUUGGCAAAUGGAUAUGCCAAGUUCACCAUGGCCCAUCUGAAUAGAGCUGCCUCUCUAUGCACUCACUUGGCAUAUGAUUCAGCAUUCUUGCAACCGCAAUCCUUUGCCUUGCGCCUAUCCAAAGCACCCAUCACUACAAAUGAUAUUCGACUACAAUAUCCGCAUUUAAAGCUCUACCUGACCUUGGGUGGAGAUAAAGAUGGCCAUGAGCCCUACAUUGCACUGCUGGCAAGUAAUAGGAGCCAACAACUCAAAUUCAUUCAAAAUUGUGUGGAAGAGGUAAAACGUCUGGGUUUCGAUGGCCUGGACUUGGCCUUUCCCCUGCCCCGGAAUAAGCCCAGCGAAGAAACCAGUGUGGCCAUGUUUUUCAAAGAUCUGGCAAAGAUUUGGAGCGAUAAGAAAAUGGACAAAUACAAGGAGAAAUACACGAGUCUUGUAAAUGAAAUGAAAGAGGCUUUCGAUAAGGCAAAACUGUCCCUGGUAAUGACAGUAUUGCCCAAUGUCAACUCCAGCUUGUAUUUCGAUGUGCCCAAAAUUCAGCAUAGUUUCGAAUUUAUCAAUCUUUUUGCCUUUGACUUCAAUACGCCGGAGCGUAAUCCCUCGGAGGCAGAUUACUCUGCUCCAUUGUUUAUGAAUAGAAAACAACAUCGUUUGCCUUAUGCCAACGUUGACUUCCAAGUCAGUCAUUGGCUUAACAAUGGCUGUCCUGCUAGUCAACUGAAUUUGGGUGUAGCCACUUAUGGCCGGGCUUGGAACAUGACUUUGGAAUCCGGUCUAUCUGGCGAGCCCAUUGUCGAGCAUACACUUGCCAAUGUGGGCUUUGGCAAACAUUUUCUUAAGAAUGGCUCCAUAAGUUGGACCAACAUUUGCUUUCAUUUACCACCUCAGCAGCGUCAUGGAGUUUCUCUGAGCCAAAUCACCGACGAAUAUGGCAACUACGCAUUUCGACCUGCCAACAAGAACGGCACUCGGGGUUACUGGAUAAGCUUCGAUGAUCCACAAUUUGCUGCGAGGAAAGCAAAGUACGUUAAUGACAAGUCUUUGGGUGGUGUGGCUGUUUUCGAUAUAAAUCGGGAUGAUUUUAAAAGCAUAUGCCGUGGCACUGAGGGAUUUCCCAUAUUACAAGCCAUCCGUCGUACACUAAAUAUUGAACAAACUCCUCAACGUCGAUCUUUCGCUACCUUACAAAAGAAGUUAGCAAAUGCUCUCAAGUUUAUUGGGUGAUUAAAACAAACUUUGGUGCUUACCGUAGAGUUCAGGGACAUAUUAAGAUAAACUUUAUUAAAAUGUUUAAUUUUAACGAAAUGGAAAUACAGUCGAACUUCCAUAAGUCGAAAUAGCAUUAUGCCGAAAAAACUUUGGUUUAUGGGAACUUCGAGUUAUGGAAUUAAUUA